GUUUAUCAGUGUUUCAUCUUAUAUUAGUUAUAUAGUUAUGUUUGUUAAUCUGGACAUUGUGUUCCCUGCAGUUCUUCUAUGUCAUACCUGCAGUCAGAGAGCCCUAGUGACUCCUUGUACAGAAAAGCUGGACCUUGUCUGCAAACAUCACUUGGAAAGACUCAGAAGAAGGCCUGUCACCUUCUCCUGGAGGAGCUACAGAUGGAUCUGCAGGUAUCAUCAGCGUUUGGACUAACCCAAAUGUUUUAGGCGUUGAAGGGUGUGUAUUAAUCAGAUGCUAACCUUCUGCUUCACUUAACUAAAACACGAAGAUGAUGGCUCAUUUAUUAAUAAAUUUUUCUUGCAUUCAGUUAACUGUAUAUUCUACCAAACUCAGAAAUAUGCAAAUGAGCUGGUGGUUUGAAUAAAAAUAGACUUAUUCUCACUGCACUGGGAUGCACUGAGAUGCAUUCUUCUUCUUUCUUCAUCCACAGAGUCACUGUUUAAGUAAUUCUGUAUGAAAUCUCUCUUUUUUUUGUAAUAGAGAAAUUUAUAUAAUCCUAAGAAUUACUCUAUAUACCUACCCCUCCUUGUAUAAUAUCUUAAACGUUUAGAGCAAACUCCACUAAGAUCCUUUUAAACAGAGGGUUACUGUGUCCUUGCCUUUGAUAUGAUAUAGACUGUAUAUACAUGAAAAUGAUAUAGUUGCUAUAUGCAUCAAAAUAAAAUAUAAUAUAGGAGGUAGAUAGAGCAUCAUAGAGGAAGGGGAGGAGACAGAUGUACAUUUUUAGAGAUUCGAGUUCACUGCUCAUUUAUAGUGAUUCUUAGCGCUGUUCAGAACCUUCCAAUCCUGCAUGGAGAGGAAAUGGAGAUAUUGGAGUUUAAUAAACAGUUUCUCCUAACAUGGGGCCAUACUAAUCUGCCUUAUUAGAGGGCUAUAGCCUGGAAGGUCAUUUGGAAGAUAAACCCCAUAUGUAGGUUAAUCCAAACAAAGAGGAGAAUGGCCCAUCCACGAAGGCUGAUACCAAAGCCUUACUGCAUGAAAUGCAUACGAAGUUUCAAGCUGACAUGGCUGUGGUCAAGGAGGAAGUAGCCACACUGACCAUCCGCAUUGACGCUGCUGAAGAAAACAUAGUAAGCUAUCUACAAAAUAACUGCACUGACUUAUAUGCUCAUACAGCAACACUGGAGGAUAUGGCCAGGGUCCAAAACACUGGACUGAGGGGAGUUCCAAAGAAAGUUCCCAAUGAAGAAUUACCACAUUAUCUCUGUCAUCUCUUCUCUACACUUUUGCUGCCUAAACAUAGAAACACAGAAUGUGACGGCAGAUAAGAACCAUUCGGCCCAUCUAGUCUGCCCAAUUUUCUAAAUACUUUCAUUAGUCCCUAGCCUUAUCUUAUAGUUAGGAUAGCCUUAUGCCUAUCCCACGCAUGCUUAAACUCCAUUACUGUGUUAACCUCUACCACUUCAGCUGGAAGGCUAUUCCAUGCAUCCACUACCCUCUCAGUAAAGUAAUACUUCCUGAUAUUAUUUUUAAACCUUUGUCCCUCUAAUUUAAGACUAUGUCCUCUUGUUGUGGUAGUUUUUCUUCUUUUAAAUAUAGUCUCCUCCUUUACUGUGUUGAUUCCCUUUAUAUAUUUAAAUGUUUCUAUCAUAUCCCCCCUGUCUCGUCUUUCCUCCAAGCUAUACAUGUUAAGAUCCUUUAACCUUUCCUGGUAAGUUUUAUCCCGCAAUCCAUGAACCAGUUUAGUAGCCCUUCUCUGAACCCUCUCUAAGGUAUCAAUAUCCUUCUGAAGAUACGGUCUCCAGUACUGUGUACAAUACUCCAAGUGAGGUCUCACCAGUGUUCUGUACAAUGGCAUGAGCACUUCCCUCUUUCUACUGCUAAUACCUCUCCCUAUACAACCAAGCAUUCUGCUAGCAUUUCCUGCUGCUCUAUUACAUUGUCUGCCUACCUUUAAGUCAUCAGAAAUAAUCACCCCUAAAUCCCUUUCCUCAUAUGUUGAGGUUAGGACUCUAUCAGAUAUUCUGUUCUCUGCCCUUAAACAGCAAAAUAUCUUCUAAAUUAUAUAUUGUUUUUAAUUCCAGCUUCCAAAGGCCUCGUUCUUCCUAAAUUCCCUAGGGACUCAGAAAAAGCUGUCUUUGUUUUUUGAAGGUUCUCAUCUUACUUUUUGUAGGGACUUCUCCAGGCAGAUGGUCCUAGGGCGUCAGUCACUCUAACCACUCACUACAUGGUAACAUUCUCUCUUGUAAGUGGGGAAAUUAACAGCCAUUGGUAGAAAAGAAUGGCAAUACCAACUCCAUCCCCAGAGCUGUGGAAGCACAUCUUCUUACUUUCUUUGAAUCUGACGUUUGGUGGCGGGAAGUUCCUACCACCUAUCAAUGGGAUGUCCUCAUUGUUGUGCCUUUUAUCCCAGGACUUACACCAUCAGGGAUGAGAGAACCCUCCAACCUAGUUCUGCUAGACCACAGCUCCUAAUACCUUUCAGACGCUUCUACUGGCUUCAUAAAUCUAUGCUUUCUUACUAUACGCAGUUUGACCUCUUCCCUUCUUUAUUUAUUAUGUCUUGUUUCUCUUUUCUUUUUGUAUUCAGAUUUAAUAUCCAUUACUGACAUAUUAAGCUAGCUGAUUACUUUAUUUGUCCCCUUAUCUCUAACAUUCUCUCAAGCCUGGUGUUCAAAUGGCUGAUACCUGUUGUUGUUUUUUAUGUUGACAUGUUAUGCUGCUAUUUCACAAAACUUUUGGUUUGUAUGGUACUUCUGCAUUUGUAUGUUUUACUCUAAUGCUAAACUGGUUUUAAUUCUUUAUUAUUGAAAGCAAUCAGACAAAAAAAUUAAAUAUUUUGAGGUAUAUACUGCCUAUAUAAAGUUCUAAGCAUUAUUUAGAGAGGUAGUUCUGUUGAGGUAUAAUAUAUAAUGUGUGUGUACUGCCCACAAAAUGCUGAACGAUGUAUAAAAAUGGUGAAUGCAGCCAACAUAGAGCGGGCAUACAUAAAAUGUGCUGCAUGAACACAAUAUAAAUAUGAAUAUAAAUGAACACAAUAUAACUGGAUGGGAGAAGAAUGAGACCAAUCCAUGGAAAAACAAUCUGCUCCAGUACCUGCCGCGCUCCCCUGCCCUGUACCUGUCGCCCUCCUCCCUAGUUAGUUUACAUAAUACUAACCAUCAGCCUGUAAUAAACCAGCUGUAGAUCCUUUACAUCCACUAAUGCGAUCCUUUCUUUUUCCAUGUUUGCAGCCUUUCUACAUGCAGAUCCCUUCCAGACCCUGGAUUUUGGGUUCAGAAAUUAUCCAUGUCAUCAGUGACAAGGUGGAAAAUUUCAGCCACUAUCUGUGUAAAGUCAGGGAUCCUGUGUGCCAGGUGAGUUACUCAGUGCAUGGCUGCGUGCCAGGUGUGGUACUCACUGUGUGGAUGUUGUAUGUGGGUACCUAGGGUAUGGCACGUGCCCAGAGUGCAGCACUGAACAGUGGCCAGGCAGGCAGUUUUAUUCCUUCAUGUCUUGGAGGAGAGGAUCAGUGCUGGCCUGUGGAGGGUUCAGACCCCAUUAAUGGCUCCUUCGUAUUCCAGUGUUCUUUAGUGAGUCAGAGCACAGCUGUUGGAUGCUCCCAGUUUGCAUUGUGACUAGCUGGUUGCCAAACUGCGAGAGAGGCAUCCAUGAGCUCUGUAACCAUUGGAUGUGCAAGCCCCCCACAAGAUCAGCAGGGAUUCAGGACCCACGCUAGACCAGUCAGAGAUAUCCUAGGGAGAAGGAGCUAGGGUGUAGGGGAGGGUGAUAUAUCCCAGUUAGGAGGAGCUAGUAGGCAGGGGAGGGUGAUAUAUCACAGUUAGGAGGAGCUAGUAGGCAGGGGAGGGUGAUAUAUACCAGUUAGGAGGAGCUAGUAGGCAGGGGAGGGUGAUAUAUCCCAGCUAGGAGGAGCUAGUAGGCAGGGGAGGAUGAUAUAUCCCAGCUAGGAGGAGCUAGUAGGCAGGGGAGGGUGAUAUAUACCAGUUAGGAGGAGCUAGUAGGCAGGGGAGGGUGAUAUAUCCCAGCUAGGAGGAGCUAGUAGGCAGGGGAGGGUGAUAUAUCCCAGUUAGGAGGAGCUAGUAGGCAGGGGAGGGUGAUAUAUCCCAGUUAGGAGGAGCUAGUAGGCAGGGGAGGGUGAAAUAUCCCAGCUAGGAGGAGCUAGUAGGCAGGGGAGGGUGAUAUUUCCCCCUAGGAUGAGCUAGUAGGCAGGGGAGGGUGAUAUAUCCCAGUUAGGAGGAGCUAGUAGGCAGGGGAGGGUGAUAUAUCCCAGCUAGGAGGAGCUAGUAGGCAGGGGAGGGUGAUAUAUCCCAGUUAGGAGGAGCUAGUAGGCAGGGGAGGGUGAUAUAUCCCAGUUAGGAGGAGCUAGUAGGCAGGGGAGGGUGAUAUAUCCCAGUUAGGAGGAGCUAGUAGGCAGGGGAGGGUGAUAUAUCCCAGUUAGGAGGAGCUAGUAGGCAGGGGAGGGUGAUAUAUCCCAGUUAGGAGGAGCUAGUAGGCAGGGGAGGGUGAUAUAUCCCAGCUAGGAGGAGCUAGUAGGCAGGGGAGGGUGAUAUAUCCCAGCUAGGAGGAGCUAGUAGGCAGGGGAGGGUGAUAUAUCCCAGUUAGGAGGAGCUAGUAGGCAGGGGAGGGUGAUAUAUCCCAGUUAGGAGGAGCUAGUAGGCAGGGGAGGGUGAUAUAUCCCAGUUAGGAGGAGCUAGUAGGCAGGGGAGGGUGAUAUAUCCCAGUUAGGAGGAGCUAGUAGGCAGGGGAGGGUGAUAUAUCCCAGUUAGGAGGAGCUAGUAGGCAGGGGAGGGUGAUAUAUCUCAGUUAGGAGGAGCUAGUAGGCAGGGUGAUAACACUCAUGUGGAGGUUUGUUUCCAUGAUUAUAUAUUCCAAGACAUGACCAUAUAUGAAAAAACACAGAUAAACGAAAACAAUAGUGUACAGUGCAAUGACAUGUAUGAUCGUGAUCAAAGAUUCACUCCGUCCCAAUAGUGCAAUUGUAAGUGAAUUGUGAGACAAUAAAUAAUAUUUAAAAUAUGUAGAUUAUCCCUAAAAGGUGAACAUGAAUGUACACUCUCAUAUGGGAGCAGAAUAAUAACUAAAUGAGUUUUCCAAACUAAAUCUUUAGGAAGUCAACUCACAUUUUAAUGAGUCUGCUUAAAAAUUGGCUCAGGUAAUAUAGUUUCAUGUACCAAGAAGAUCCCAUUCUGAAUAUAAGGAAUGAUAUUACCCGAGCCAAUGUUUCUUCUAUCAGGUGGAAUUGUAUGUGAAUAGCUGCCCUUGGUAACAGCCCAGAUUGUAUCGCACAUCUUUUGUAUUUUUACAGAUAAGAGAAAGACACAGACCUAGAGAUAGGUAGACAGAAAGACAGACAGAGAUAGACAGAGCACACAGGAGCCGAGGAAACAUGUUGCAUUGUGAAUUUGGGAUAUUGUUGGUACCCGCACAAAUAGAGAAUUAUCUGUACAUUGAUGGGAUAGUUAUAUUUAGGUUUACUUUUUCCCCAGAAACACUCAAACAGGUGUUACUACUGCCAGCCAGAUCCAUUUGUUGUACAGGAGUUUUAGUUCCAGUGAUAUCUCAGGGUUGUAUUCUUUCUGUGCAGGUAUUGCGGGCUCAGACGGAGAGGAUGUUAAUCAUUGAGUAUGUCAAAGCCUUGAUACAUGGGAAGCUGGUGUGUAAGAACUCUAGGGAGCGGCAGCUCCUGGCGGAGAGGAUGUGUGCAGAUGCUGAGGUGCUGAGUGCUACCCUCAGUAGGAUGGUGAGUGCACAGUAUGGAUCAUAUAGUAUGGACCGCAUAGUAUAGACUUUAUAAUACAGACCGCAGAGCAUGGACUAUAUACACCCUGUUCCAAAUCUAUUAUGUAAAUUCUAUUUAAGUGUCACAAAGAUGAAAUAUUUAGUUUUUCAGUUUAACUCAUGAAUGGCAUUCAGUCUCCGGGCUCUCUAGAUCACUGAAAGCAAUCUCGGACACCUGUGAUAAUUAGAUUGCCAGGUGAGCCCAAUUUAAGGAAAAACUACUAAAGGAGGGUGUUCCGCAUUAUUAAGCAGAGCACCAUUUUCAUGCAAUAUGGGGAAGAAAAAGGAUCUGUCUGCUGCCGAAAAGAGUGAUAUAGUUCAAUGCCUUGGACAAGGUAUGAAAAUAUUAGAUAUUUUUUACGAAAACUUAAGCGUGAUCAUCACACUAUUAAGGGAUUUGUGGCUGAUUCAGAGCACAGAUGGGUUUGUGCAGAUAAAGGCACAUUGAGGAAGAUUUCUGCCAGAUCCAUGCAUCGGAUCAAGAGUGCAGCUGCUAAAAUACCAUUAUAUAGCAGCAAACGGAUAUUUGAAGCUGCUGGUGCCUCUGGAGUCCCAUGGACAUCAAGGUGUAGAGUCCUCCAGAGUCUUGCAACUGUGCAUAAACCUUCUAUUUGGCCACCACUAACCAAUGCUCACAAGCAGAAACGGCUGCAUUGGGCAGAAAAAUACAUGAAGACUACUUUUCAAACAGUCCUGUUCACUGAUGAGUGCCGUGCAACCCUGGAUGGUCCAGAUGGAUGGAGUAGUGGAUGGUUGGUGGAUGGCCACCCUGUUCCAACAAGGCUGCGACGUCAGCAAGGCGGUGGUGGAGUCAUGUUUUGGGCCCGAAUCAUGGGAAGAGAGCUGGUUGGCCUCUUUAGGGUCCCGGAAGGUGUAAAGAUGACCUCUGCAAAGUAUGUGGAGUUUCUGACUGACCCCUUUCUUCCCUGGUACAGAAGGAAGAACUAUGCUUUCCGUAAUAAAAUCAUCUUCAUGCAUGACAAUGCACCAUCUCAUGCUGCAAAGAAUACCUCUGCAUCAAUGUCUGCUAUAGGGAUAAAAGGAGAGAAAGUCACGGUGUGGCCUCCAUCCUCCCCUGACCUCAAUCCUAUUGAGAACCUUUGGAGCAUCCUCAAGCAAAAGAUCUAUGAGGGUGGGAGGCAGUUUACAUCCAAACAUCAGCUCAGGCUAUUCUGACAUCUUGCAAACAAAUUCAAGCAGAAACUGUCCAAAAACUCACAAGUUCAAUGGAUGCAAGACGUGUGAAGCUGCUAUCAAAUAAGGGGUCCUAUGUUAAAAUGUAACGUGACCUGUUAAACUUAAAACAGAAUGUUUGAAAAGUUAAAAUGUUGAUUGAAAUAGCUUUUGAUUUCAGUAAAUAUGCUGCAAACACAACAAAUGACAAUUUUCAGUUCUUUACAACCUAUAAAGUGUUUUGAAACGUACUGUGCGUAAUAAUUUGGAACAGCGCAUUGUAAGUUUAUGUUUAAAAAAAAUACUGUUAUCAUUAGGAGGUUUGUUCAAUAAAAUUUGAAUUGUACUCUUAAUAGUUGAUAACAUGAGAAUUAUGCUGACUGUUAUUUUACACAUUUACCUAAAUAAUUGAUGUAAAUAUCAUUUGCAUAAUAAUUUGGAACAGGGUGUGAUACAGACCGCAGAGUAUGGACUAUAUAAUACAGACCGCAGAGUAUGGACCGCAUGGUAUGGACGUUCCAGGUGCAGGGGUUAAAUUCAGACAUUUCAUCUUUACUUCUCAUGUCUCUAGGGUUUGGAGCAAUCAACUCUCUGCAUCCCACUCAUUCUGUCUCUUCAGGAAUUGUUUGCUCUGAAGGAUCCAUCUUUGCUCAGUCUAGAAGUAUCUGGAUUAAUGACAAUGUUUCCAGAUAUAAGGUUUGAAAUAGUAGGAGCUGAAAACAGUGUUGGCAUGAAACAAACAAACUGUCUCUAUAACAUAAUUACUCUCCCAAUCCCAUGUAAAAUUUCUGACCAGUCUUUAUAAAUCCAACUCCCCCCAUUGUCCGUCUGUGAUCAGUCUUUAUAAUCCCAACUCCCCCCAUUGUCCGUCUGUGAUCAGUCUUUAUAAACCCAACUCCCCCCAUUGUCUCUCUGUGAUCAGUCUUUAUAAACCCAACUCCCCCCAUUGUCCGUCUGUGAUCAGUCUUUAUAAACCCAACUCCCCCCAUUGUCCGUCUGUGAUCAGUCUUUAUAAUCCCAACUCCCCCCAUUGUCCGUCUGUGAUCAGUCUUUAUAAUCCCAACUCCCCCCAUUGUCCGUCUGUGAUCAGUCUUUAUAAUCCCAACUCCCCCCAUUGUCCGUCUGUGAUCAGUCUUUAUAAUCCCAACUCCCCCCAUUGUCCGUCUGUGAUCAGUCUUUAUAAUCCCAACUCCCCCCAUUGUCCGUCUGUGACCAGUCUUUAUAAUCCCAACUCCCCCCAUUGUCCGUCUGUGAUCAGUCUUUAUAAACCCAACCCCCCCCAUUGUCCGUCUGUGAUCAGUCUUUAUAAACCCAACUCCCCCCAUUGUCCAACUGUGAUCAGUCUUUAUAAACCCAAACCCCCCCCAUUGUCUGUCUGUGACCAGUCUUUAUAAACCCAACUCCCCCCAUUGUCCGUCUGUGAUCAGUCUUUAUAAUCCCAACUCCCCCCAUUGUCCGUCUGUGAUCAGUCUUUAUAAACCCAACUCCCCCCUAUUGUCCGUCUGUGAUCAGUCUUUAUAAACCCAACUCCCCCCAGCUACCUCCAUGGUCAGUCUAUACCUGGUCCUUCUAAUUCCAAUCCCCUUCUCCACCACCUCGUACUCUCUUCCAAAUAAUUCCUCCCUGGUCCCUUGACUGUGGCAGUGUACCUUCUGAAGUGACAGUUUACAGAACAAAAAUCUUUCUGCGUUAUAUUAUACAAUACCACAGAAUUUCAUGUCUGUGACAGGUCUGUGGGUUUUUUCUUUUUUUUUUAAAGACUCUCUUGGGUCAGUAAUCUGGGUUUUAUCCUCUUGGAGAUUGAAUAACAUGUGGCUCUAGAGAUAAAAGAGGUUUGCUAAGUAUAUCGUGAUUGUGAGAAUAUAACUUUUCUCUCUUCCUAGUGAUGAUCAUGUACUGGCUCUACUGGAACUGAGGGGAGAUGUAAGCAGAGAUGUCCGUCAUGGGGUGAUCAGUACAAUGCAGAACCACGCACUGUCACUGCCACUUGACUAUCAGCCAAUAUUCACAAGUAUUCCAGUGCCUGCACCUCCUCCAUCAUUCUGCCUUCACCCCAGCUCGUGUGCUUAAUGUAUGAUCACAAACAACAUAACUGCUCCUUCACCCUUUAUACCCUCACAAGCCUAGCAUUACUGUCUCUUUAGCUAAAAUAAUAAAGCCUUCUAACAUAAAUAAAUCCUAUGAAAAUGAUCACUUUUUUUUUUAUUUUUUAGAUGCCAGUAUGUUUUGUACAAUAUUCUAUAUUACCAUUUACAUUUAUAGUUCAUGUGGUAGUAAAUAAAAAUAAAGAAAU